AUGGCGUCCCGGGAGGGAGGAGGAGGCGGCGCGGCGGCGGCGGCGGGCCGGCCGGCGCUGCGGGUGGGGCGGACGCGGGAGUACCGGACGGGCAUGGACACAGAGCUGCUGUCCGUCGACGGCGCCGCGGCGGUCAGCCUCUUCGUGCUCUGCGGCGACCGUUUCGAGGCCGCGCAGCUCUUCCGCUCGGGGCCCCUGUCCCUGCGCAUGCUCCGCGUCGAGGGCCACCCGGUGUCUAUGGCGUCCUGCACGGUCGCCGACCACCAGUGGAUGCUCGCGCGCGACGCGCUCGUGGCGCGGGUCGACGCGCGCGCCUUCGUCUUCGAGCUGCCAGGAUUCUUCUACGCCGCCGUCGUGCCGCCCGACUCCGCCGCCGCGGACCGCAAGUGCGCCACCAUGGCGGAGAUCUUCUCGCGCUUCUGCUUCUACCACGACCUCACCAAGCCAGACGGUGACGACGACGACGACGAAGCUGGUGAGGUCGACCAGAACCCGUGGGCCCGUGCCCACGCCCGGAUACACCGCAUCAGGCGGCACGGCUCGCCGCCCGGACACGCCGCCGCCGACGCGCCGCCCGACCGCGCCAGGCAGAUGGAGCGCGCCGUCCGCACGUCCGCGGUCGUCAAGCUGCUCACCCGCUCCCUCCUCGCCGGGGUGCUCCAGCCCGCCCGCCACCUGACCAUCGCCGUGGGCGGCGGCGGGAGCGCCAAUGCCGGCACGAGCAGCGCGCGCGCCGCGGCCGCGGCGCUGCCGAGCAAGUCGGUCGUGUCCGACCUCCUCGACGCCAUCGAGACGAACCGGGCCGCGCCCCGCCGCGACGCACGCCGCAGGUCCGGCGGGGGCGGCCUAGUCGGGUGGUGGAGCCUCAACGUGGAGGGCAUAAUGCUGCUGCUGAGGGUCGUGCAGGCAGUCCGGGGGAGGAAGCAUCUGGCGGCACCGGCCGCGGGGGAGAAGAGGCCGCGCGACGAGGGAUCCGGCCGCGACGGCAUGAGGGGCGGGGUCAUUGGAGGCGGCGGAGGUGGCGCGGCGGCGUUCGGCGGCGCGGCGGCGCGGCGCUGGUGCGGUGGGAGGCCGAGGAAGCUGGGUAGCACCGUUGGCGCCUGCGGGAGCUCUUGA